GCGACGCCUUCAAGUCUAGCUGCACGUACACGAGAGUGGAGUUGGAGUCGUCGGCUUUUUUCGUGGCGCUCUUUUUUUCGGUUUCUGGCAAACGGCGGAUACUUUUCAAACCCCCCUUUAACCAACCGUCCAAAAUUGUGAUAUAAAAAUUUCUAGCAAAAUUCAAAGCUAAAGUGUAUGAAAUAGUAAAUAUAACACUGUCGUUUAUGAAGAGGUUAUAUUUGCAAAAUUAAGAAAGUGUCCAAUAUAUAAAUAAUCAAAUAAAUCAACGUGUUGUUCAACCCAAAAUUACAUAACUAAAAUGAUGCAGCCAAGUGCGCUAUUACUAACAACCAUCAUGAUCAUCUCCUGCGGAGUGGCAUUCGCCUGCAAUGGAAAGAUAAUUGCAUCGGGCAUCACGGCGGAAGAGAGAUCAAUCAUCUUGCAGGAGCACAAUCGCCUGCGGCAGAUCGUGGCCACGGGUCGCUAUCCGGGUCAGCCGGGUGCCGAGAAUAUGCGCGAGAUCGUCUGGGACGACGAGCUGGCCGCCCGGGCCCAGAAGUGGGCGGACAACUGCCAGUUCCGCCACGAUCCGCACCGCACAAUAAAUCGCUUCACGAUGGGCCAGAAUCUGGCAAUCAUCUGGAGUACGGCGCCACUGGACGCCGAUGACGGGGACUUCCCCUCGCGCAUCCAGAGUUGGUUCAACGAGGUGCAGAAGUACUCCUUCGGGGACGCCUGGUCCCCCAAAACUGGACACUAUUCGCAGCUGGUUUGGGGCGAGACCAGCUUGGUGGGAUGUGGAUAUGCGGAGUACAAGGAUACCAGCAAGUACAACAAGCUCUACGUCUGCAACUACGGACCAGGUGGCAACGUGGUGGGCUACAAUCCUUACGAGGUGGGCAAACCCUCGUGCUCCACAUACGGCAUGAAGCCCUCUUCCCGCUACCAAGGACUCUGCUCCGCUCCCGGAUCUUCGCAGGCGACCAACAGCGUUUACGGAGCGAACAGCAUUGAAACGUAUGAGUACGGCUACAAGAGCAGCCCCAGUAGUCAAUCGCAAACCGCCAAUAACAAUCCGCCGACUAACAACAUUAACAAUGGCCAGCUCAGCUACAACAACCGACCGCUCAGUAAUCCCAAACCCGCGCAACCCUUGCGUCCCUCCCCCUUCAACCCACAGGCAGCGGCACCAUCGACGACCGGCGGCGGCAGUUCGUUUGGCAGCGCCUCGAGGGGCGGUAGCCACGCCUUCACAACGGAGUCAUCGCAGUCGGCAGGCCGCUAUCAGCACAACAAGUUCGAGGCGUAUCGGCCCAGUGCGGCCGAAUUUGAGAAGUCCGUACACAAGCAUACCAUACUACGCACCUACAUAGAGCAGAAUCAGCAGCGGCAGGAUCAGCAGAGUCAGCAGGAUCAGCAGGAUCAACAGGAUCAGCAGCAGGAUGAGGUGCCCACCAGCACCAAGAAGCCCAGUCGUGGCUGGAGCCUGUUGACGUGGCGCGGUUGAGUUCCAAUUACCCGCCACCAACCCAUUUGCCAAUCCAAAAUGCCGCUCAAUGUAUUAGGCCAUUAAUAGCUACUGUGUAGUGCCAUUAGCCAACCACCAGGAUUCAUUAACAUUCACCUCCUCUGUCGCCGCGCAACCCCUAGCGAAUCUUAUUUAAAUCCCCCAAACAAAUGCCAUAUGAGUUGUAGUAGCUUUCCUUCUUUGUAAAUUUCCGACAAAAGAUGGAGCGUAGGCGGCGGACUAUUCAUUCGCCAGACGAACAUUUGUAUCAAAUGUUUGCCACCCACCAACCACCACUUACCACCUGAAACUGUCAUCCUGUUAAACCAACCAAUCGGCAUUCAACAUCGAUCAGCUAGUUGUAGUAUUGUGUUCAAUAAAACAAGAAUAUUGAUUUGUAAA